AUGAGUAGUUAUGGAAAUACUCGCUGGAAGUUUAGGCUUCCUUACUUUCAGGAGAAUGAAAAAUGGAACCUGGUGGAAUUUUUACAAUGGAGUAUGAUACAAUAUCCAAAUGAUUUCGGUAAUAAAGAAGAAGAACACAGGACAUAUAAGAUUUGUUUGGAACAACUCAUUCAUAAUCCCCAUUUACUGAAGUCUCGUAGCAGUGAGCUUGUUCAACAGCUGGCCUCAAAUUGUUUGAACUCAUUCGAGUCGAGUCUAGAGCAAGUGCCUUGCUGUGCCCCCGGCACUAAUUUUUUCGCUGAAAGUGCUAGGUUGCGUCCGAAUUCCCGUGGUUGCAAGACUACAAGUUCCAACAAAGUAAAGAAGUUUUGGGAAAAUAGCUUAACUGUUAUGGAAACGUUAAAAAACGCGUCAAUUAUAAAUUCAAAAAAUGUAAUCCAACAAGUGCUAGAUUUACAGACCGAUUUCAAUGAGGCGCUUACUAACACUACACGCGAGAGUAUAAAACCUGCUUUGAAACGGAAGUCAACAGUCAUAGAUGAGUCAGAUUCUGAUGCCACGAAAACUGAUGAGUCAACUGUUUCCAAUGCUCCCGAAGACAUUGAAGAUGUUCUUACGGGAGACAAUAUUAUUGAUGACGAACAAGUAAAAGAGCAUAAUCUUGAGAAAAGCUGGGAGUUCAAAGAACCAAUUCCUGGCUGGCUCAAACUGCUUCAUCAACAUCGCGAAGAUCUUGCUACCACAACAAUUGGCCUCAAAUCACUUUCUCAAGUAGCAGAAAC